AUGACAUCCUCCCCACCCAGCCCUGAACGUAGUUCCCUCGGUAAACGAAAUGCGGACGAGAUCACUACCAAUGAAGUUGAAGAAGUGGUAGCUGAUGCUCAAGAAGAGCCAGAAUUUAAGAAGGUCAAGGUAGACCAUAUAAGCCCGGCGCAUAAAUUAUGGGAGAUUGGAAUGGAGAUUCCACAAGGGAAACGACGACCACAUUUAGGGAAGUUGACACAUGAUAGCGAGUCAGGAAGCGGUUCAAUAGAGGACCCUAAAAUCAUAUGGCUUGGGAAGGUACCCCAUGAUUCCAAAACGAAAAAGGCAAAUGAGGAUAUCGCUCGGCGAGCUUCGUCCCGCUUGGAGACGAUUACUCAUGUCUACAUCGUAUGUGGAACUCAGUCCAGUAAAUUCGUCGACAGAGAUGGGAAGAGAAUUCAUUUAUGGUAUCCCGACGGCAUACAUUUCCAACAUAAGACAACGGCGGCGGAUCCCCAUAUGUUCCUAGCCUUCGGCACCAAGCCGGAUCAUGUAGUCCUGUAUGGUUACAUCAAUGUCACAGUCGACGAAACCGGUAAACCGACGGACUUCGCGACGUCGCGGAAUGAGGAUUUUGUUGUCGAUGGCGACGAUAGAAUCUUUGAGCUUUUUCCGUAUGAAUAUGAAGAGCAUGAUUGCAGUCCUUACUGCCCUAGGCAUAAGAGCGGCGAGGAAUCGAUUGAUGUCUGUGAAGACGCACAACCUAGAAGUUGUCGCCUUCAUAAUACGGAUAAUCUUAUCGACCACUUUUGCCGUCGAACGCGUUGGAGGACUGAGAUACUGGGAGAUCAUUAUUGCCCUUGUUACCACGAUAAAGAUGGACUUCUAGAUCACUAUUGCCCUUGCCCUCAUGAUAUCAAGCGAUUGAGAGACGACGUAUGGCAUCAUUGUCCGCAUAAGAUCCCAGCCAAGGCUAAGCACACUCAUUAUUGCCCAUCUUAUCCGUUUUGA